AUGGCGCUGGGAAGGUCCUUCAAUGGGCUGGAGUCAUUGCAGGUGCUGGUGUAUGGUGUUGUGGCGGCUGGUGUAGCGACAUUGGCAUGGCAAGAGGUAGAUGUUAUAGGAGCAACGGGGUGGUCAAAGAUGGAAGCCUCUGCGAUGUCAGAAUUCAAGAUAGUGAUCGAAGAUGGUGGAUCUGGAGAUACUAACAUGGCCUCUAUGAUACCAGUAUCCAAGGUGGCAAUUCAGAAUGGCAGACCUAGAGAUACUACCAUCAUAUAUAUGAUGCGGAAAUCCAUUAUCGUAUCUGCAAGACAUGUCUCAGUAUCGAGUUAUAAAGGCAACAACGAGGAAACAGAUCUCAGCUUUCCUCAUAUUAAAGCGGAGGAUUAUCUGUUUAUCAACCACAUAACCAGAGGAGCCCUGGUCGCCGUGGCGCAUGCGCGCUACGGCCCUCGGGAGUCGCGUUACCAGCCCACGGAGGACCGGGAGCAGCCGUCAUCGGCAGAGAGGCGGCACAGUCCCAGAGCGGUCCGGCGCCGCUCAGAAGACGACGGUUCCGCCUCGUCAGAGUCGCAGGAAAUGUCGUCCACGGAGCUACCGUGCCCUAAAGUUUGUCCACUUAUCUACGCACCAGUGUGCGUCGAAGACAUCAACCAUGAUUACCACUUGUUCGAUGAUGAGUGUGAGGUGCGCAAGUGCGCCUGUGACACAGGGUUCGUUUACAAGUUUGUACCAAGGGAGAUGUGUAAAGGACCAAUGUCACCCUGUCCACUGCAGCCAAAAUCUUUUCGGCGUCUUGAUGUAGAGGAAGACGCUGAAAUUGAAGACUCGUCCUCCAGCGAGUAACGUCCGAGUGGCUGUCCUGACGACAAGGAAUCUUCGUAAAGCAGAAAAAUGAUUAGUGUGCUUAGAGGUACGAAGAAAAUACGAGAGCAGAAGAAUUUACCUCAUGUACUCGCAACAAAACUACCUGAAUAACCUCAGCAACGUUUCUGCUUUAUUGAUUCGACCACCAAAUACAAUUAAUCAAAUCAGAUUUUAUUUUAUGUUACUUGCUAUUUACAUAAAUUUUUGUGCCCUUUUUUAUCAAUUUCUUAUUCUGUAAUAAAUUGGCUACAACCCAAA